AGAGGGAAAGCGCACAUUCCUAUUGUCCAAGAUGGCGGCGCUGGUGCAGACCCUCCGACGCUGAUAUGUUUUUAACCGACUUUGUGCUCGUUUCUCGGCGUGUGUGCGGUCACCCAGCGGCCCGGGGAGAAGCGUGUGUUUGCCGUAGCUGCCGUCUGCAGCCUCAACGUCGCUAACAGGCCUGGACUUCGCUGCCCGGGCCCGGAUUCCCAUCGCAGGCUCCGAAAAGUUUGAGCUCCAUCAUCCUUUGAAAAUGAAGCGGCAGGCCGGGAGAGAGGCGAGCCCGUCCAGGGCCGCCGCCAAGCGGAUACGGGAGCGGGAGAGUGCGCGGAGAGAGGAGGUUCCACCGCCGCCCCCACCGCUGGCCCUGCUGCUGGCAGACAGCCGGGGAUACCACCGCCGGAGCCGCAGCCGCGAGCGGGAGAAGCCGCGGCUCCGGGAGGAGCGGGCUACCGCCCUGGAGCUCCACCACCGGCACGAACUCAGCCUGCUCGGCCGGCCGCCCCUCCGCACCGCCGCGGCCGAGCUUCCAGCCUCCCGCCCGGGCACGCUGGAGUACAAGACGCUCCUCAUCAGCAACCUGGGCUCGCAGGUGUCAGACGAGGACGUGGAGGACGCGCUGUUCCACGAGUUUAAGAAGUUCGGGGACGUCAGCGUGAAGCUGUCGCACACCCCCGAGCUGGGCCGGAUCGCCUACGUCAAUUUCCGACACCCGGAGGACGCCAAGGAGGCCCGGCACGCCAAGUCCUCCAGGUUAGUGCUGGGAGAUCGGCAGCUUAAAAUCGAACCCAUGUACGUGAGGAGGCGGAGCGCCACGCCGCCCGACGUCGGGUAUUUACCUGUGCACGCGCCCUACCCGUACCGUCAGCGCUCCCUGUCCCCUCCCGGGCCCGGCGUGAGCAACAUCAGGGACCUCCGGGCCCGCCACUACGCCCUGGAGCAGCUGGGCCUGAGCCGGGAGAGGGAGAGGCUGCUGGAUUAUUACGGCAUGCUGGAUGAGCGGGGGCGGCCCUACGGCUUCCCCCCCAUGCCCGUGGUGGAGGAUUUAAAACCUGAGGACGACCAGAGGGCCACCAGCAACCUGUUCAUUGGAAACCUGGACGGUAACGUCACAGAGGCCGAACUCAGGAGGGGCUUUGACAAGUAUGGCAUCAUAGAGGAUGUGGUGAUUAAACGUCCUUCACGUGGGCAGGGCGGGGCUUAUGCUUUUGUGAAGUUUCAAAAUCUGGACAUGGCGCACAGGGCCAAAGUAGCCAUGCAGGGGCGCCUGAUCGGAGGCAACCCCAUAAAAAUUGGCUAUGGCAAAGCCAACCCCACCACCCGGCUGUGGGUGGGCGGGCUGGGGCCCGGGAACUCUCUGGCCGCCCUGGCUCGGGAGUUUGACCGUUUCGGAAGCAUUAGGAACAUAGACUAUGUGAAGGGGGACAGCUUUGCUUACAUUCAGUACGAGAGUCUGGACGCCGCUCAGGCCGCCUGCACACAGAUGAGGGGCUUUCCUCUGGGGGGCCCCGAGCGCCGCCUCAGGGUGGACUUCGCCAAAGUGGAGGAGAGCCCCUCUCGUCCGUUUCCUCCUGGCUACCAGCCUCCCGUGGUGCUGCCCUCUCACUACGACCUGCUCGGGGAGGCAUACAGCCGCCAUCGCAGCCUGGAGCGGGAGCUGAGGGGGGCCAGGGACCGCCUCUCGCCGCCCUCUCACAGCCUCCUCUCCCUCCGGGAGCGAGAGAGGGCCCUGCUGGAGAGAGACUACCCCACCAGCCCCACACGAAGCCUGGAGAGGAGGACGGCAGGCGUGGAAGCGUUCGGGAGGAGCGGGCGAGGAGCCAGGAGCCGCAGCAGGAGUAGGGAGCGCUGGCUGAAGGAGCGGGAGGAGAGGAGGAGCCGGAGAAGAAGCCGGAGCAGGAGCGUGUCCGCUGAGAGGCAGACGGAGGAGCGGGAGAAGGAGAGGGUGAGGUCCAGGGUUCGCGGUCCACUGGGCACCGUCUCUCCUGAUGCGAGCCCAGACCGAGCUCGGGUCAGAGCGCCGGACUCCACCACGGAGCCACGAGACCACUCCCCUGACAGCGGCGGAGGGGUGCGGCACUCCACCGCAGCCACCGCCGCCAGUGAAGAAGAUCCCCCGUCCGGCCGCCACCACAGCAAGAGGUCCUCCAGCGACCACGUCAACAACAACAACAACCACCACCACCAUCGAAACAGCGAGAUCAUCACCACCGGCUCCCCCGCUGCCAUCCACACCAACACCACCUCCCCCCCGAGCACGCUGUCUGAGUUCGCCCAGACGGCGCUCUCCAAGACGUGGCACGGCUUCUUCGCCUUGAAGAACAGUAGUUUCCCCACCGACCUGUACCUGCUGGAGGGCGGGGCGGCGUUCUUCAGCGCCGUGAUGAAGGACAGCCCGAAGCUGCAGAACCAGCCCAGCCAGCUAAAGAUCGCCCAGCGGCUCCGCAUGGACCAGACCCGGCUCGACGAGGUGUCGCGCCGCAUCAAACUCGGCCGCCCGGACAACUUCGCCAUCCUGCUGGCCCUCCAGGGCCCCGUCGACCGCCAGGCCCCCGCCCCCGAGCCGGGCCUGCAGGUGCGCUUGCUCCGUCACCUGGUGACGUACCUGCGGAACAAAGAAGCUGCUGGAGUCGUGAGCCUCCCCGCUGUAAAGGAGGGCGCGCCGGGGGCCAUGCUGUACGCCUUUCCACCCGGCGAGUUCUCGCAGCAGUACCUGCAGGCCGCCAAGAGGACUGUGGGUAACCUGGACGAGGAGCACAUGGUUAUUGUGAUCGUCAACGACACUAACUGACCCUGCAGAGGAAUACUUCCAUGUUGUUUGUAGACAGAAAAGCAUUAUUAUUGUUUUACUCAGUAUGUUAUGAAUGAAACACGGCGAGCUACACUACGUCUGCGGCGCCCUCGGGGGCUCGUGGGAAAUGCAUUUUAAAAUUAUUCUAAAACACUUAAAUGAGGCUAAAACGCUGCACGCAGGCAGCGCUUGGUCCCGGCAGGAAGUAGAGUUUAUUGUGGAAGUCGUAUCGUGAGAAAUGACUGUUACACGUGUCCGUGCGAUUAUAAACACGCCGCCGCCACCUUAGCCACGGGGAAACUUGACUCAGCCGACUGCCAGACAGAAUAAAGCAGGAAAAAUAUUAGAAUAAAUAUUCACUUCUAAUAAGACAUAAUUAUGAAGCAGUGAACCAAAACGAUCUUAAAGGUCACGACUAAAAAAAGUCAGAAAUUGGAUGUUUGACUUGUUGAACACAUAAAACCAAAGUUUAAUAUUAAAGUCAUAAAGUUUAAAAAGUCAAACUUUGCUGUAAAACCACAGCAUAACAAUUAUCUUUAAAAAGUUUGAUCAUUAUUUCUAUAAAUUAUUAUGGUUUAUGUGUCAUAAAGUAGGAUGUUUAAAAAAAAAAGUGAAGUGAAAUUUUAGAUUUGGAAAGUAAUGUUUUUAAAAUCUGUGCGUCACUUUGAUAUUUAAGAUUAAAAGUACAUUUCUGUCCUUAUCUUGAAUGUGAUAAAGGCCACGCCCCCCUCAGGAGCUCAGAUAUCGGCUGACCCCGCCCUCAUCCUCUGAUCACUUCAGUAUUGCUUAAAUGAUGAGAAAAUACAGUACAAACAGGAAACAGACAAAGGUCCCCUUCAAAACAAAAGCUGCGCUUUUUCAAACGUGUGAUUUAAGAAGAGCAGAAGCUCAGAGAUAAAAUAUUAAAAACAAGAACAAAAAAACCCUUUUUUCAUGAUUAUCUGGAGUCACGAUAACGGAACAAGCUGACGUUGAAUCGUCAGAGUCUAAAAGUUUGAAAUGUAUGGAUUUUAUAUAUAGUAGUAAAAUGUAAAAUCUGAUGUUUCUCUCCAAACUUUUACAUCUGAUUGACUAAACUGACGCCUCAUCUAAUUUAAUUCAAACAUUUUAUUUUUAUCAAAACUGUAUUUUACUCGUUUUUGACUUUUAAUAUCAGAAGAUUUGCCUUGAGAUUUUUUUGUUUUUUGUUUUGUUUUGUUUUUGUUUUUAUUGUUUGUUAUUGAUGAGGAUUUAUUUUAAUAAUCACUGAGGCUUUUUCUGCUUCGUGCUCUUCUUUGAACUGCUCAGUUUUCACAUCGCCAGCUGUUGAGCACAUCUGCACAAGUAGGACGCUGAGAGCAGGAAGUACCCUCAGACUAAACUGUCAUUUCUCACGAUACGAGUACACACACUCCUCGCUCAGAGCGGCACUUUUUCUAUUCUAAGCUGUUACACACAACACUAAACCCCGACAGGAGUCUUCGUGCGCUCUCUGAACUGUACCGAGCUGCCCCGAAUGUCCGAGCCGAGCAGCACCGGGUGGUUUUAUUCAGAGUACUGUAAACCGAGGGGAAAGUGGCACUUUGUCUCCCCCUGUUGGCUUCUUCUGGGACUUUUUUUGGUUAAGUGAGGCCGGUGGAUUCCCAACCCUCCGUCCCCACCGCUGUAAAGUUCAUGUUAGUUAGUGUUUUUAUCAAUUUAAAAUCAUUCCAGGUGUUUUGUUUGGAAGCUGUACGAGUGUGUUCGAUGUUGCAUGCAGGAAAAAAAGUUUGGUUUUGUCAGUCAACAAAACAAAAAGAAACGCCAGCUUCUCCAGGAAGCUGCUGAUGUUUGAUCAUAUUACUGGUUUUAUAUUGUACACAUUUAUACCUUUUAUUGGAUUUUAAUACAUCGGUCCAUCUGUUAUCCACACCUGCUUCUUUGUUUUUAUGUUUUCUCCCUUAAAUUGUCAUUUUUCUGGUCAAUUUUCGUCAAAUAAAACCUUUUAACCAAUGAUUCAAGGGCUGAUUUUAAGACCAUUCAGAUGUAAUGAGUAAAACAGUUUGACACUAAAUUAUGUGGGAGGUAAAAAUGUGGCAGAAUAAAUAAUGAAGCCAAUAAAUAACAGUAAUUAGAAUAAACAGUUUUAGUUUAAUGAAAAAGUAAAGAAGCUUUGAGUUGAGCUGAACUGAGUUUCUUAUGCAGCUCGAUGGUGUGAGAGCGACUCGUGUUUAUGCUUUAAUGAUGAUGAAGAAAAGUGCACAAAUAUAAGGAAGCCUGUUAAUGCCAGUAAGACAAAAAAUUAGGAUGAAGAUUAGCCGUGAUUUUUUUUUGUUUGUUUGUUUAUUUACUUGUUUUCAGUCAUGUCCAAAGCUAUAAUGAAAACGUUAAAGAGUGAAAUUAACUUUGGCUUUUUGACCCAACACAUGAGUUUUAUUUUUAAAUAAUUAAUUGAUUC